AUGGGAUUUGCAGCCCUUUUGUAUAUAUCAGCUGCGUUUCUUACACUGAGUUCUGUAUCUAAUGCCUGCCCGCCGUCGGACCGGGCAGCUCUACUGGCCUUCAAGGCUGCCCUCUAUGAGCCCCACUUGGGCAUUUUCAACUCGUGGACAGGCUAUGAUUGUUGUCACAACUGGUAUGGAGUGAGCUGUGACCCAGAGACUCACCGAGUCGCUGAUAUCAACCUCCGGGGGGAAUCGGAGGACCCCAUCUUCGAAAAAGCCCACCGGACCGGUUAUAUGACCGGGACAAUAUCACCGGAGAUUUGUAAACUCACUAGGCUUUCAAGCCUAACAAUUGCAGAUUGGAAGGGCAUUUCCGGAACAAUCCCACCAUGCAUUGUUUCAUUGCCAUUCCUCCGGAUCCUCGACUUGAUCGGAAACCAGCUCACCGGAGAAAUCCCGGCUGAUAUCGGCAAACUGAGUCGACUCAGCGUGUUGAACGUUGCAGACAAUCAACUCUCCGGCACCAUUCCGAGGUCACUCACCAACCUAUCCUCUCUAAUGCAUCUCGAUCUUCGAUCCAACAAAAUUUCAGGUACAAUCCCGCGAAAUUUUGGCAAGUUAAGAAUGCUGAGUCGGGCUUUGCUCAGCAAGAACAAAUUAAAUGGGCCAAUCCCUUACUCGAUAUCCUACAUUUAUCGUCUUUCAGAUUUAGAUCUUUCUUUGAACCAACUUUCCGGGUCGAUACCCAAUUCAUUAGGCAAAAUGGCUGUUCUCGCAACGUUAAAUCUUGAUGGGAAUCAAAUUUCUGGUACAAUUCCUCCUACAUUAAUUAAUUCCGCCAUCAGCAUAUUGAACUUGAGCAGAAACGGGCUUGAGGGUUAUAUUCCAGACGGUUUCGGGCCAAGAUCGUAUUUUACUGUGAUAGAUUUAUCGUACAAUAAUCUUAAGGGAAGGAUUCCUAAGUCGAUUUCUUCUGCAACUUAUAUUGGCCAUCUUGAUGUUAGCCACAAUCAUCUCUGCGGGCCGAUCCCGACGGGCUCUCCGUUUGAUCAUCUUGAAGCAUCGUCGUUUACUUACAAUGAUUGUCUGUGUGGGAAGCCACUUAGACCUUGUUAG